CAUAUUCUCUCUCCACCGAUCCCCACCCCACCACACCACACCCCACGCGCUCUCGCCGUUCUAGGGUUUCCGCUCCGAUCCCUCCCGGCCGACCAAGGUAACCACCCUCCUCUCCCUUCCCGAUCCCGGCUACUAGCCGGAGGCCUCGAGCCUCCGUCCUCCAAUUGCCCCUCGAUUUUUUUUUUGUUUUGUCGCCCCCGAUUCUCUCCCGGUAUCUCGCUCUCGCCGCGCAUUCGAGCUAGAUUCGAGCCGAGACCAAUCGCUUCCGCUAGGGUGUGGUUUGCUCUCGUGGGGGGUUGGAUCGGUCAGCGUAGUUCUACUGCAUCUUGUGGUGUAACGAUGGCGUUGUUGAUUGGGGCUUGAAAGGAUUUUGUGUAGUAGCAACAGCCGCAGCAGCAGCCAUGGCCGACAAGGGACUCUUCGCCAACGACGGCUCCUUCAUGGAGCGGUUCAAGCAGAUGCAGGAGAAGGAGAAGGAGAAGGCCGCCGCCGCCUCGUCGUCCGCCGCCGCCGCGGCCAAGGCCACCAACCCCAAGCCGGUUGUCGUCGCCGCCAACACCCCGUCGGCGAGCAAGAGGCCGCUGGAGCUCAAGGGGGGCGAGGUGAAGAAGGCCGGUUCGAUCUCGUCGGGCGCCAAGCUCGCCUUUAGCCUCAAGAAGAAUAAGGUCGCCGUGGCGCCAGUCAAGUUUGCGGCUGACGAUGAGGAUGAGGAAGAUGUUGGUGCGGACAGGGAGGAGCCUGUGAAGCGGCAGAAGUAUGCGCAACCUGAAGCUCCUGCAUCGGUGGCUGCCCUGUCAGGGGUCGUUGCCCCAUCACCACCAAAUGAUAUGACUGUGAAGCAAGUUGCUGACAAAUUAGCAAAUUUUGUUGCCAAAAAUGGGAGACAGUUUGAGAAUGUCACGCGUCAAAGGAAUCCUGGAGAUACACCAUUCAAGUUUCUGUUUGAUAAGAACUGUUCAGACUACAAAUACUAUGAGUUUCGGCUUGCUGAAGAAGAAAUGUUACUUGCUCAGUCAAAGGAGGCCCAGGCAUCAAAACAUGCUAGCUCAAGCACUCCAAGCUCCAGAGCACCAAGUGCCCCACAGAGAAGCUCAUUUGAACAAAAGACUAAUUAUCAAACACCUGCUUCAGCUUUGUAUGGGGCAUAUGAGGGUAGUUCUUCCCAAGGAAGCUCAUCUGGCUAUGGUGAGCCUCCCAAGGAUCCAGUAGCAUUGAUGGAAUUCUACAUGAAGAAAGCUGCACAGGAAGAACGGAAAAGGCCACCGAAACAAUCAAAAGAUGAAAUGCCACCACCUCCUUCUCUUCAAGCUCCUUCUUCCAAGAAGGGACAUCACAUGGGCGACUUCAUUCCUCAAGAAGAACUUGAAAAGUUUAUGGCACGUUGUAACGAUGCUGCUGCACAAAAAGCUACCAAAGAAGCUGCAGAGAAGGCUAAGAUUCAGGCUGACAAUAUCGGACACAAACUUCUGUCUAAGAUGGGAUGGAGGGAAGGUGAGGGUCUUGGCAGUGAGAGAAGUGGACGUGCAGAUCCCAUUAUGGCUGGAGACGUGAAGAAAGACCAUCUUGGUGUUGGCGCUGUCCAACCUGGUGAGGUCACAUCUGAAGAUGAUAUCUAUGAGCAAUACAAGAAGCGAAUGAUGCUUGGCUACCGUUAUAGGCCAAACCCACUGAACAAUCCAAGGAAAGCAUACUACUGAUAUAAUGGGAGGUCAUCCAAGGGGCGAUGUAAGGCACAAUUUUGUUACAUUUUAGCUAACAGAACUAACUACUGCCUAGGGAUAUCACUAACAGUAUUGAAAGUUUUUGUUCACCAGCAGAGAAGCCAAGAAGUUCAUUUAUUCAGCAUAUAAUCUUUGAAUGCCAGAGGCUUCCCGGUGUUCUGCAGUAGCUUUGGUUUUACGUAGUGUUACAUCUAUGCUACUUUCAACAUGUCAUUUGGUGUGUGUUUCCCCUUUUGUUUCACAUGGUGAUGUAUUCAUGUUGCUAUUGAUGAAUAAUGUAUCUUCAUGAUUAUUCAACCCAUAUUGAACUUAUGUCACGUGAUUGCUACUCCUUGUUUCUUCAAA